GGUCAGGCGCGAGGACCCCGGCGCCGCCACGGCUCGCCCCGUCCCCUCGGCGGACCCCCGUUCCGGCUCUCUAGGUCUGGAAGGGCGCACAGGGAAGGGAUGCGGGCAGCCCCGAAGGUGGAGGCCUGGGGAGCCGAGAAGGGAAGACCUGGGGCUAUGGUACAGAUAUCCAUGAGCCGGUCCCAGGGAGCCCUGCUGGGCCUGGGCCUGCUGCUCACGCUGCUGCUGUACGUGGGGCUGCCAGGCCCCCCGGAGCAGACUUCUGGGCUCGGGGGACAACCCAACGUCACAGUCCUGGCUGGCCUCACCCCUGGCAGCUCCCCCAUCUUUUACCGUGAGGUGCUCCCACUCCACCGAGCACACAGGGUGGACGUGGUACUGCUCCACGGGAAGGCCUUCAGCUCCCACACGUGGGAGGAGCUGGGCACCCUGCAGCUGCUGUCGCAGAGGGGCUACCGGGCUGUGGCCAUUGACCUUCCAGGUUUUGGGAACUCAGCACCUUCAAAGGAGGCGAGCACAGAGGCAGGCCGGGCCGAGCUGCUGGAGCGGGUGCUGCGGGACCUGGAGGUGAAGGAUGCCGUGCUGGUGAGCCCCUCGCUGAGUGGCCACUAUGCCCUGCCCUUCCUGAUGCGAGGCCACCGCCAGCUACGUGGAUUCGUGCCCAUCGCACCCACUUCCACCGAGCGCUACACCCAAGAGCAGUUCCGGGCUGUGAAGACUCCAACCCUCAUCCUCUACGGGGAGCUGGACCACAACCUGGCUCGAGAGUCACUGCGGCAGCUCCGCCACCUGCCCAACCACACCGUGGUGAAGCUGCGCGCCGCGGGCCACGCCUGCUACCUCCAGAAGCCGCAAGACUUCCACCUCGCCCUCCUUGCCUUCCUCGACCAUCUGCCCUGAACUGACCCACUGCUCAGGGCCCGGGUCUGGCCCAACUCGAAGGGUCUGGAUCCCUCAUCCCACCAGGGAAGGAGCCCCUGGAUCACAGGGCACAGAGAUCAGAGGGGCAGAUCCGGCCAGAACCUUUUGUCUAUUUCACAGGCACAAUUUUUUUUUAAAAAAAGUAUAUUUGUCUUUCCUGGGUGGUGACAGUUUCAUUUUUUGGUGUGUUUCAGGAGAGGCAAGAGUGGGAGGCAAGUCUGGGUCUGUUUGGGGGCUGGAGGGGGCGCUUCAGCAGCCUGGGAGGCUAAGGAUGCAACACUUCCUAGCUUCUCCCCUUAGCACUGUGCCUCCGUUUCCUCAUCUGUAAAAUGGGCAUGAUGGUGACACCUGGCUUAGAGGGUGGUUGUAGGACUGAAUGGGUACGUGGGACACUUGGUUACACACUUGGCUGGAGGAAUUGGGGGUGGGUAGGUAACAGCUAAUGUGUGACCACUGGGAGUGAUGGGAAAUCCGGAGUCUACAGUUGUGGGGGUCAGGAGUGGAUGGGGACCAGGGUUUAGGAACUAACACAGCACUGUUGGGGGCUGGCGCUGUGGUAGGGCAGGUAGGGCCACCGUCUGCAUCGCUGGCAUCCAUGUGGGUGCCAGUUUGAGUCCUGGCUGCUCCACUUCCUAUCCAGCUCCCUGCCGAUGGCCUGGGAAAGGCAGUAGAAGAUGGCCCGAGUGCUUGGGCUCCUGCACCCAUGGGGGAGGCCCAGCGAAGCUCCUGGCUCCUGGCUUUGACCCGGCUCAGCCCUAGCAGAUGUGGCCACUUGAGGAGUGAACCAGCAGGUGGAAGACCUCUCUCCUCUCUGGCACUGUGCGCUAUCACUCUCUCAUAUAUAUAAAUAUAUAUAACUGACAUUCAAAUAAAUAACUAAACCUUAAAAAAAUAAAAUACU